AUGUUUGUUCUAUUUCUGCUGGGCACAGUUUUUCUGCUCUGCCCAUACUGGGGUAAUCUUCAAGACCCUUCAAAAGAGACUGAAAUAAUGUGUUAUAAAUGUAGAAAGUAUCAUCUUGGAUUGUGCUAUGAUGUCAUGAAAUCCUGCAGCCUGAAGCACAAGCAGUCCUGUGCUGUUGAGAACAUCUAUGUACUUACAAGAAAAGGGAAGAGUAUGUAUCAUUAUUCAAAACUGUCGUGUAUGACCAACUGUGAAGACAUCAACUUCUUGGGUUUUGAAAAGAGGACUGAGCUUAUCUGUUGCAAUCAUAGUAACUAUUGCAACCUCCCUGAAGGACUCUAG